UCUGAUGACUCACUAAAACAUUCCACGACGGUUUUAUUUGGAAUUUCUGUGAUAAGACUCAUCCACAAGCGACGACAUUUUGCAAACCCACAAAAUAGAGAUAGCCCCUGUGAUUCCUCCCAUUUUGUGCCAAACUUCCGGGGAGGAUAAGUUGAAGUUUUUACUGUGAUUCGUGAUCACUGCCCUGUGGAAUGGCUGGAUCGUGCAUUGAGACAUCCAGUACACCGGAUUGGGUGGUUAAGCUGGAACGGAAGCGCGAGGAGGUGUUCAGAGGUAGGAAAUUGGGUCAUGAGAGUGGUGCUGGUGCCCCGUGCAAUGUCUGCGGAUCAGCCUGUCCGGGAUUGGAUUUGCACUUCUGGCGCAAAUUGUGCCGCAAUUGUCGCUGCCGGAAGGAUCAGCACGAAUGUCCGGAUGAUGAUUUGAGUGGGUGGGCACAGUUUGAAGUGCUGGGACAGCAGAGAUCCCAGCCGGCCGUCAUAAAGAUCAGCAAGACGGAUGAGAAACCCGUAAAGGUAGACUGGGUGCCACCAGAUGUAACCCCUGAUAUUGCCACGGACUACAUGAAUGAUCUCGGAACGCAAAAUGUUCCCGUGGAGGGCAGCGAGGCGGCUGCAAAGCGUCGCCAGCAGUUGGAAUAUCAAGUGCCCCCGCAUGAUUUGGAUCCCACAUUGUGCCAUAAUUUAACGGAAAAUGAAACAGCGCAGCUGCAGAAGUACGUGGAGAAAAUCAAGGAGAAUUGCGUGGGGCAGGGGAAUGUGGUGCGUGUAGCAGGAGGAAGUCCCCCACGCAUUAGCUACAUUGAGAAUGUCUUCCCGGAGAAGGUGAAUGAAACGAUCGUUAAGGAUAGAAUGCUGACGUACGUGUUGAAGUCGGAUGCAAUUAAAGGAGUCCUCCAGACACCAGCGGCAAUCCUCAAGGGGGACACAAUUGUCUCUGAAUGCCGUCCAAUGACCCCUGACUUCAUGGAGAGUCCCCUUUUGAGUGACAAAAAUCGCUACAAACUCAAACAGAUGAAACUCAAUUCGCAAGCACUGCAGAGUGGUGUCCUCAAUGGGGCAACGUACGACAAUCUCUUCCGGCAGUUGGAAGAGAAGAAGAUUGAUUGCAGCAAAGAUAAUCUCCUGGGACCCCUUGAGAACUUCCGCCGGGAAUAUCGGCAAAAUGAUCGCUUCAAGACAGAUGUGGAUAAUUUCGUUAAUAGCCUGGGGAGUGAAUUCUUGGAUUCCUAUCAACUGGAUGAGGAUACUGUUCGGCUAACUGAUAAGGAAGGCAAGGAGGUGGAUGAUUUCCAAUCUCCCCUGCCCAUUCGUCCGUUUGCACAGAUGAAACUGAGCAAGAUGGCACAGCAGGAGACCCCAGCGAGGAAGCUGAAAUUCGGCAAAUCCACAGAUAUUCCAAUCUACGCCCUGGCCAGUUAUGAUAAAAUCCUCCCGGGAAUAAUGGAGAAUCCCCUUGUUGAGUCUGCUGCUGCUGGAACAGAUCUAAUCGUCAAUACUGCUCCACUCUUCCCGGACUUCCAACCCGGUCAACUGAGACCAGCUACAGAGCAGAAACUCCUCAAUCUCGGCUUGAAUGCUGCCACAGUACGCAGUGGUGUGGUCAGUGGUCCACAGUACGAUGAUCUCUUCCGGGAAUUACGCAAGAAGAAAGUUCGUUUCGGCGAAGACACCAUUCUCGGCCCAAUGGAAGCCUUCAGAGAUGAAUAUUUGGACAAUGAAGCCUUCCGGGAUGAUGUGAACAACUUCACACUGGCCACGGCGAAUCAAAUGAUGGACAAUCCCAAUACAAAUCCCUUCCUUUUGGGCAUUAUUCCCUCCCAGAGUAGUGAUUCGGGUUUCGAGUCAAUCGCACUGACACCCAGCAAUUCUCAAGAAUCCCCCGGAGAGGAGACAGAUGUCCGGAUGUCAGUGAUGAAGUGCAAGCAGUGCUUCCUGGACAUCUAUGCUGGUGAUGUUGCCGUGAAGGCAGAAAGAGCUGGGAAAUCCGUUGCAUGGCACCCCAAAUGCUUUGUCUGCCACAAAUGUCAGGAACUCCUUGCGGAUCUCGUGUACUUCUUCCACGGUGGGAAUGUCUACUGUGCCCGUGAUUUGGCCAUCAUCCUCGACAUCCCACGCUGUUCAGCCUGCGAUGAGCUCAUCUUCAUGAAGGAGUACACCGUGGCUGAGGGUUCAACGUUCCACAUUAAGCACUUCUGCUGCUUUCAGUGCGAUAAACCCCUUGCGGGGCACAAAUACGUCCCAGACGACACCACGGGGCAGCCCCUCUGCCUGGCGUGCUUUGACGAAUUCCACGCUGAAAAGUGCUCAAGAUGCCACAAGUCCAUUGGACCAGCUGAACAGGGUGUCUCCUGGGGUAAAGUUCAUUGGCACGGCACCUGUUUCGCAUGCGCCGGAGUCUCAUGCGGAAAAUCCCUCAUUGGGCAGAGAUUCUGCGUGAAGAAUGACAUUCCCUUCUGUAGUCCAGCAUGUGUGAAAAGUAUUAACUUCUAGAACAAAUCUCUUCAUCUCCCACCCCCUCCCAUUCAUUCCAUUUAUUUGUAUUUAAUUAUGAUUUUGUGUGCUAAUGAAGCAAGAUUUUCCCAUCAUAUUAGAAAAGAUUCCUAUUUCGUGGCAUAUUUAGGCUGUAAAUUCAUUAGAAAGUAUAUAUUUAGUUAUAUAAGAAUUUUAGAAAUUUUACUAUAAAAUAAAAUAAAAUAUAUUUUUAGAAAAUGUGCUUUUGAGAAAGAUUUUUAAUGUAUUGAAAAAUAAAAUAUUUUUGCCAUUUUGUUUGGCGCAAAAAA